AUGUUGAAGAUAAUUUUAUUCAUUUUAAUAAAUUAUUGUUCAUCAAUUUUGGCUUAUCAUAUUUCAUCAUCAUCAUUGAUCAUAUCAAAUUUAUCAUCAUCAUCGUUAUCGACACCUGUAUCAUCGAUACAAUCAAAAAUCGAUAAUAAAUCGUCGUUAUCAAAUAAUCAAUAUAUGGAAGAUAUUGAUGAACAAGAUGAUAAUGAUGAUGAUGAUGAUGAAUAUUUAUAUGAUGAAAAAAAUGGUUAUUAUAAAAAGAAUAAUAAUUUAACGAAAAAUUCUAAUAAUAAUGAUCAAUAUGAAACAUUAUCAUCAGAAAAUCAUCAACAUCGAUUAAUAAAUAUUGAUAAUAAUAAUAAUAAUAAUGAUUUUUGUAAUGAAAAUUAUAUUGAUUCAGCAUAUUUUAAUGGUUAUGAUACAAUUAUAACACGUGGUAAUAAUCUUUGGUAUUAUUAUAAAUAUCGUCGUAAUCGUCAUUUAAGUCGUUCAUUUGAUCAACGUAGAUUUACACAAGGUGAUUAUAUUCAAGGUGCAUUCAACAUAUCACGAACACCAUUAUAUUGUCUGAAUAAUCAUGAAAAACAACGGCGACAAAUACGUCAAUCAUCAUUGAUGGAUCAAUCGAUUGGAUUAUAUUCAACCAAUCGAUUAUCAAACAUUGAUCCACAACAACAACAACGAAGACAACGACAAAAAUCAAUGCCAUUACGUUCGAAAUCUACUGUUGCGGAUCAUUUGAAUCAACAAAGAUCUUCUGGUCAGCAAUCGCAAACAUUAACCGGUCAUUGUGAAGAAUUACAAAAAUUACGUUCAACAGCAAUAUAUUUUUUACAUAAUAAACAACAUCAACGUAGUUAUUAUAAUUUAGAUGUACGUUAUCCAAAUGGUACACAACGUCGUGUACGUUCACGUGAUUUACCAUGGAAUAUGAAACAGGUUGGUUUACUUACUGGUAAUCUAUGGCCAAAUGGUUGGGAACUAUAUCAACAAUUUCGUCCGGUUGCUUUUUUACCAUCACGUUUUGAAAUGAUUUUCAUUUUAAAUGAACAUAAUUUUGAUCAAGAGUUAUCAAUUCUGAAUUUAUAUGCUGAUAAUGAACAACAACAACGUUUUCAAUCCAAACGUUUAAUCAAUAAUAAUAAUAAAAAUCAAACAGAAAAAAAUUUUGUUCAAAAAUCUCCAAUCUUAAUAUGGAAUAAUUUAGAUGCAAUUAAUUGGAAUCAAUCAUGGAGAACAAAAUUAUUAGAUUUUGAACCACCGGUACGUUUUACCGGUAUGUUUGAAAUGAAUGGUAUUGUUUAUGCUAUUGGUGAACAGAUUCAUUCGAAUUCUGUACGUAGAAUUGGAAAAAUGUAUCAAUAUUAUGUUACCGAUAAUGAUGGUCGUAAUUUUAAAGAAUUGAAUCAAACUGUACAAGAAUUUUUUGGUUGUCCAAAAUCCAAAAUUUCAACAACAACAACAACAUCUACAACUACAAUGAAACCUUCUGUGACUAGCCGGACAUCAACUACUUCUUCUUUUUCAUCAAUGACUUCGGCAACAAGCCAUAGACAAAAUCCAAUUGUUUCAAAAUCAACGACAACAACAACGACGACUACGAAAAUGACACCGAGGCCUUCAACCACCACCACGAUAGCAACAACUAAAAAGACCACAAUGACAACAACAACAACAACCACACCAAAGCCUACGGUCAUCACCACAAUUUCAACAACAUCGACAUCAUUACCUACUACAAUAAUGAAAAAUCUUGAAUCAUCAUCAUCGAAAUCUUUUAAUGAUAAUGAAGAAGAAUAUGAUAAUGAAGAUGAUGAUAGUGACGAUGAAUCAUCGAAUGAUAUUGAUGAUUCAUUAUCAUCAACAAUACCUCCUAUUGAUCAUAUAAUUAUACCAAAGAAAAAAUCUUCAUUAUCCUACGAAUCAUCAAAUCAUUCGAUUUCUAUUCAACCAAAUAAUACAAUAACCGAAGAAUUUGAUUCAUCCGAAACACCAUCAUCAUCAUCAUCAUCAACAUCAGUAUUUUUACGAAAUUCACGUGCAAAAAUUUCAUCGUCACAAUCGACAAUCAAUAAAUCGAUUCGUAAUGAUAAUCAACCAUUAGGCUCAUCAUCAUCAUCAUCUAAUUCGGGUAGUAAUGUUGUUCGUGGAACAACAUUAUUAUUUCCAAAAUUAGCUACAGCUGGUUCAAGUUAUCCAACAGUUACGUUAAGAGAAACCGAUUCUAUUAUGUUAACCAUAUUGAUUGCAAUCGUAAUCGGUGCAUCAAUAUUAUGUAUUAUAUUGGCCUGUUUAGUUAUUAAUGGAAAAAAACGUCCACUUCCUCCCCAUUUUGAAGGUGGUCAUCGUAUUGAACCGGCCAUACCAAAACCAACAAUCAUUGGUCUGGAUUAUCAUCGUCGUAAAAAUUCAACAACCAGUUCGUUAACACCAUUCAAUUUUUUGGCUCGAUAUGAUUCAAUGAAUUCAUUAACGGCCAUUUAUUCACAAGUAAAUCAUCAUCCUGGUUUACAUCAUUCACAUCAUUCAAGACCACCAUCAUCACGUUCACAAUUAUCACCAGUGAUUAUUGAACCAACUUCCAGUCCAAAUUUACAUGCAUUACAUCCAACUCAUCCAACAAUGCCGCCACCACCACCACCACCUCCUCCGGUUCCUUCUACAAUAUCACCACCGACAACAAUAUCUAGAAAUGUUGGUGGACCAAUACUUCAUCAUAAAUCUAUUUCAGUUAAUCUAAAUAAUCCUAAAUCUGGUCAUCAUCAUCAUCAUCAUCAUCAUAACCAUCACAAUCAUCUUCAUAAUUCUCAUCACAAGAAUCAUAGUAAUCAUUAUUCAUCAUCAUCUAUAGUAGUGAAUCCGGAAUCGAAUCAGAUAGCUGAAGAAAUACCUGGACCAUCAACAAAAGUUGGCACAAGUUCACCAUCCAAUAAUCAUCAUCAAAAACAACAACAGUCAUCUUCCACCUCAUCGAAUCGAAUCAAAUCAUUUGAAAGAUUUGAAAAUUUAAUCUGAAAAAAACUUCACAUUAUAAUUACCUUGUGCAUAAUAAUUUUUUCUAAACUGUGACAAAACAUUUUUUUUAUUGUACAGAUUUUUUUUCGAAAACAAUCACCCAGUAUUCUAGUUAUAUAAUUGUAAUGAUGAUUUUUAAUUGAUUUGAAUGUUUUAUUU